AUGAAUGGAAGUAGUCAGAUGAGCAGCCAGCAUGACGAUUCUGCGAUGAACGAGGAGCUUUUCCGGCAACAGCAUUUGGAAAUCCGCCGUUCGGCGAUUACAGCGUCACAGGGCAGCAUAAAUUGGUGCUUCAUUCAUGCUACAUCAGUGGCCGUGACAAGAGAGCAGGAGUUUCCCGUAGGAGAUUUGGACAUCCAGGACCCCUUUGUGUUCCUUUGUUCACUUCGUGAACACCGCUUGGUUUCACCCCGGCCGUACGACAUCCGGCCCGGUGAACCAUCUGUACGAGCCGUCAGCGUUUCGCUGGACAGUGCUCAACCGCCAGGCCGUUACCGUUAUACCCGCGAACCCUAACCCCGGACUGUUCCGACGGAGUCCCCGGACACCGUCGAAGCCUGUUGCACGUCACCAAGCACAGGAAGGGCGCGAACGGCUGGCGAGGGUCCGUGAAGGCUGCAGCCGAAACGUCGGAGGGUCCAUCCGA